AUGGCGGUACGGAAGAAAGACGGCGGCCCGAAUGUAAAAUAUUUCGAAGCGUCUGAUACGGUUUCGCAGUUCGACAAUGUCCGCGUUUGGUUGGGCAAGAAUUAUAAAAAGUACAUUCAGGCAGAACCUCCCACGAAUAAGUCUUUGUCCAGUCUGGUCGUACAGCUGUUACAGUUUCAGGAGGAAGUGUUUGGUCGACAUGUCAGCAACCCUCCACUCACCAAACUACCGAUGAAAAGUUUUCUGGAUUUCAAAUCAGGAGGUGCUUUGUGUCAUAUUCUUGCUGCUGCUUACAAGUUCAAGAGUGACCAAGGAUGGAGGAGGUUUGACUUCCAGAACCCUUCUAGAAUGGACCGGAAUGUAGAGAUGUUCAUGACCAUAGAGAAAUCUCUGGUACAGAAUAACUGUCUGACUCGUCCAGUGAUCUACCUGAGCUCGGAGAUUGAGCCCAAGCUGCUGGGCAAACUGAAGGACAUCAUCAAACGUCACCAGGGGUCAGUGACUGAGGAUAAAGCAUCCAGUUCCCAUAUCGUUGUUCCCAUUCCGGCAAGUUUGGAAGAGGAGGAGUGGGUUCGUCCGGUCAUGAAGAGAGACAAACAAAUGCUGCUACACUGGGGAUACUGGCCUGACAGUUAUGAUACCUGGAUCUCAGCCAGUGAGGUAGAGGCUGCAGUGGAGGAUCCACCCAGCUCAGAAAAACCUAGGAAGGUACAUGCUAAGUGGAUUCUGGACCUUGACCAGUUUAAUGAGUGGAUGAAUGAGGAAGACUAUGAGGUGGGGGAGGGGGGGCCAAGGAGGAAGAGGAUUUCUGCCAAAACACUGACGGAUGAAGUGAGCGCUCCGGAUGAAAGAAGGGAUAAAAAACCAGGCAGUGCGAAAAAGAGGAAACGCUCUCCCUCUCCAUCACCCACCCCCCCUCCUCAGGAGAGCAAGAAGAAAAACGCAAAGAAAGGACCUACCACACCGUACACCAAGUCUAAACGUGGGCAGAGGGAGGAGGAACAGGAGGAUUUGACUAAAGAACUGGACGAACCCUCACCUGUCCCAGCCACAGAGGAGACAACACUACCUAAAACAGUGACUAAGAAGGACUCAGAAUCUACUCCAGUGAAAGGAGGCACUAUGACUGACCUAGAUGAACAAGAGGAUGAGUCUAUGGAGACUGUAGGAAAGGAGGAAGAGGAGGGUUCUCCCAGUGUGAAAGGGGAGCCGGUAAAAGGCUCUGAUCUGCAUGAAGACAAUGUGACAGAACAAACCCACCACAUCAUCAUUCCCAGCUACGCCGCCUGGUUUGACUACAACAGUGUGCACGCCAUUGAGCGCAGAGCUCUGCCGGAAUUCUUCAAUGGAAAGAACAAAUCAAAGACUCCAGAAAUUUAUCUGGCUUAUCGGAACUUCAUGAUUGACACAUAUCGGCUGAACCCACAGGAGUAUUUGACCUCAACAGCUUGCCGUAGGAACCUCGCAGGAGAUGUGUGCGCCAUCAUGAGGGUGCAUGCGUUCCUGGAGCAGUGGGGGUUGAUUAAUUAUCAGGUGGACUCAGAGAGUCGUCCCACCCCCAUGGGACCACCACCCACCUCUCAUUUCCAUGUGCUCGCAGACACACCCUCAAGCCUGGUACCACUACAACCCAAAACUUCACAGACGCCGUCUGCCCAGCAGAUGUUGUCUUUCCCAGACAAGGUGAAGGACAAACCGGCCGACCUGCAGAACUUUGGGCUCAGGACGGACAUGUAUGGCAAGAAAACCGGACCGACUAAAGGGAAGACCGCAGCCAGUGCCACACGGGAGUGGACCGAACAGGAAACCCUGCUACUGCUGGAGGGGCUGGAGAUGUAUAAAGACGACUGGAAUAAGGUUUCAGAACACGUGGGCAGUAGGACACAGGAUGAGUGUAUCCUGCACUUCCUGCGUUUGCCCAUUGAGGAUCCGUACCUGGAGGACAGCUCCUCGUCACUGGGCCCGCUGGCGUAUCAGCCGGUGCCCUUCAGCCAGGCGGGAAACCCCGUCAUGAGCACCGUCGCCUUCCUGGCCUCCGUCGUCGACCCUCGUGUUGCAUCCGCGGCCGCCAAGUCUGCUCUGGAGGAGUUCUCCCGUAUGAAGGAGGAGGUGCCGGCGGCUUUGGUGGAGGCCCAUGUGAGGCGUGUGGAGGAGGCAGCGAGGGUGAGCGGGAGACCAGAUCCUCUGUAUGGACUAGAGGGCAGUGGCAUCGCAGGCACAGGACUCGAGGAAUCAGAUAAACCUGCUGAGGAGAGCAGUGAGGAGAGUAAGAGUGACGGCCAGUCCAGCGAAGAGAAGAGAGACAGUAAGGAGAGUAAAGAGAGCCCCGCAGAGGAUGAAGAGAAACAAGGAGAGAAUGGAAAGAAAGAGGAAGAGAGAGGGAGAGAGGGAGAGACGGAGAGAGAGACAGAUAAAACUGACUCAGAGAUGGGUGAUGGAGAGAAGGAGAGAGAAGGGAGGGAAGGAGCAGAGGAGGCGCAGAGGGACGGGGAGGUGGAGGGGGAGAGGAAGGCUAAGGUGGAGAGAGACGUCGGAGAGGGGAACCUGGCCACGGCAGCAGCCUCCGCUCUCGCUGCUGCUGCAGUCAAAGCCAAGCACCUGGCGGCGGUGGAGGAGAGGAAGAUUAAGUCUCUUGUGGCCUUGCUGGUGGAGACUCAGAUGAAGAAGUUAGAGAUUAAACUCAGACAUUUUGAGGAGCUGGAGACGAUCAUGGACCGUGAGAGAGAGGCGCUGGAGUACCAGAGACAGCAGUUGCUGGCCGACCGUCAGUCCUUCCAUAUGGAGCAGCUAAAAUACGCAGAGAUGAGAGCACGCCAGCAGCAUUUCCAACACAUACAACACCAUCACCAUGGCAACCAGCCUGGCAACACUCCCCACCAAGCUCCUUCCACUGCCCCGCCCCCUCCAGCAGCACCCAGUCCUGCCCCUUCCACAGGCAACAGCCAACCCAGUGAGGCUCCUCCCACCACUGCCCCUCAGACAUCCCCUACAACCAACGCUGGACAAGGGAACACACCUAGUGCCACACUUCAUGCUCCAUUUGUGACACCGUUACUGGUGCCCCAGCUCAACUACAGGACCCAGAAUCUUCCAGUCCCCAAAAGCUCCCACCACAGGGACUAA